ACAGUACCAUACGGCAUUCAUACACAUUCACUUGACGAACAGCCUUUCCACCCCCCUCUACCGCUGCACGCUACUCGUACAGUGAAUUACCUCAUCCAUUCCCCGCCCAACCUCAUCAUCCUGUCUACCCACCUAUCUCUCGUGGGAUAAACAGGAAAAAAAUUACCACUCCACUCUCCUCCGCUAUCCUAAAGUGAACUUACCUUCACUCUACCACUUCCCUUCCUAUCUAUGCCACUCCUCGGGCGCAGCGCAUACUAUAGGCCGGUUGAGCUCCUUGUGUGCUGUGGUACCACUAAUAUUGUACCUGUCCCGCUGAGAUAAGAUUCCAACAUGGCCGACUUCUUUCCACCUUUCACGCCCUCCCCCGGGCGAGCCUCCCUUCUCGGCUUAGGUUUACCAUCUCCCUCUUCGGCAGAGAACUCCCCUCCAGCAGCCCUCAGGCCCACCCCUUCCCCUCGGCUCCAUUGUGAGCAGCGGAGAGUUCUGCACCCUCUGGCGGACGGGUCCGACGAUGGAUGCUCUCCGCAUCCCUCUAUCUAUGAGGCAUCUCCGGUGGCCUCGGAUGACGAGUGUCUAGGCGAUAAGGAACCCCUUUCAGUGUGUUUUGAGACAGCAAAGCCGCAGGCAGCCGAUCUCCUCUCCUCGAAUCCUGACGGGACUAAUUCACCGCCCGGUGGAAGGGAUAUCUCUCGCCUCCCCGGCCUCUCCUUAUUGGAGACCAUCUCGGAGCAGAAGAGUGCAAGAACGCAACCAGAGGAGAGAGACCAGGAGCCCUAUACCCAGCUUCCGACGGAGGAAGAUGAAUCGGAGGACGAGGAGUUCGAGCAGUAUUACUAUGAGUAUGCGAGUCCAACGCAACCGCUGCACCCAGCCUUGUCAACAUCUGCUCCGCAGCACACAGGUCAGCGCACCUUGAUAUAUUCGCCUUCCAUCCAAUCCGGAAGGGAAAAGGCUCUAACAUUAGCAAAUAGAAUCGCCAUAUCCAUCCCCUUCCCAAAACCAUCCUACAUCAGCUCCUGUUAGCAAUGCUUUUUUCACCCGCGGUUUACCACCGUCCCCUCGCCCCUUCCCCCACCAACCGAAUUUCCGCCCCGCCGUGUCCAUGAAUCGUUCCUAUGGGACUCUCUCCUCGCAUCCAUUCCAUCGCGCCCCUGUACUUGCUACCCUACCCGAUAAUUAUCCCGCCGACAACAUGCGCACUCCUGACUCGCUCCGGAGCCCAAGCAGCAGGAGCAGAGCAGGUAGUUUUCGGGAAGGCGGAGUUUGGACAAAAAUAUCCCACGCAUUCUGCGCCUUCUGUUGCUGCGUUAGCGUCGGCGAUUCCGAGCGUUGAGGCGAGCUCCCUUGACUGACACGCCAGGGGAAAACUAUGAAGCGUGACCAACGAAUUGAUGAUUCUGUAAAUGAGCAAAAGAAUGGCGUUUUUUCUACUUUUUAAUAGCUCCCCUUCCCUUUUCUUUUCUUUUCUUCUCAUGGUGGCUCUCUAUCCUCUUUUCAUGUUUUUCUCCUUUUAUAGAAGGAUUAAUGUCAUUCGGUGUGGUCGGUGUCGGCGGCGGCGGCAUUAUCUUCGUUCUUCGCCUAAACUUUUCGGGGCAUUACAAGUCUACAGGGUGACAAAUAGUAUUAGUGUUAGUAUUAGUGGUGGUGGUAUCAGGAGUAGUUUGAGGACAUGAACGAGUGCUUGAUACAGCGGUGGAGGUCGGGGGGAAUAUAAUGCCCUACUCAUCACUUUUGCUGCACCUUCCCUGGGGACGGCUGCCCGCAAGUAUAGUAUGAUAUGCUAUAGUAUAAGGUGAGGAACUGGCCCUAGAUCCCCCCGUAUCAUACACAUAGGAGGUCACGCAUAACCUAUGCAGCCACAAUAUCGGAACCUUUAACUUGCCAAAGAGAAUGCCGGUGGGUAUAUUUGUCCUAGCCCUACACCGUACGAUAUACGGUUUUCCCCCCUCUGCCUACCGCAUUGUGCUACAGGACAAUGCACAGAAUCAGUCUUAAUACAUAUAUACUCUCACGUGCUUUGGCACGACGGUCUGACUUGCUCGAGCACUAGCACGCAGUAUGUACUAUGCAAGCAUAAUAUGCCAAUCCCCAAAGGCCGCAGCAACGGCAUACUAGGAUUUCUGCCAUUGCAUGGUACAGUACGGUAGUACCAGGACCUUACCAUGCCUCGCAGUAUGCGAAGUCGCUCCUGAAAUGGUACACACACCCCUACACAUGAUAACACGACAGCCCAGACCCCUAGAAUGAAGUGUGCGUACCGCAUAAUCCCGGAACAUCUCCCCCCGCCCCAUUAUCUUGUGCAAGUACUGUACUCAUACAUCCAGUGCAGAGAACAAAGCCGGUCCCGACAUAACCAAUACCCUUAUACACGCAAUAGCAUGACAGCCUGGCUCACCACCAUGAUACCGCUAUAUAGCACCUGACAAACACAACUCUAAAGCAUACCUAAUCCAUACGUCCUUGUCUGUACGAAGUACACCGCACUAUACACCUGUGCCUAUCACGCCGGAGCACCCCGGAGCGGAGGUGAUCGCGAGCGGUUCUAGUCCCAUGAAUGACCAUAGGCCUAACCACAUGUAGUCCAUGAUACUACGUCACACUUACUAUAUCAUACGGACCGCACAAGAACCACCGGCACCGCAGACUACAGAGACCAUACCCGAAUUAGCAACCCAUGAACACUCACGACGACUUACGCUUGCCAGUAUUCGUAUUCGUACAGUGCCAGUAAAUUAAACCCCCUCAGAGAAAACCAGAUAAAGUGCAAUAAAGAACUGUAUGUACCCCACGACAAAAAAAACAAAAAAAACAUUCAUUAUACCAUCACCACCCUCCUCUCUCUCUCUCUCUCUCUCUCUCAAACGUGGGAAACCACACUAACUUAUCAUACAUAAAAGAAAUCGGGUCAUUGAUCAUCACUCACUUCUCCCGGCAGGCUGCGAGUGAGUAUAUGAUUGAUAGGCCAUUGGCAAAGAACACCGUACGAUAAGUUACCAGAGAUCCCGCACUUCCCUCUUCGGUUCCCGGUGAAACUUGUGGAUCUUCGAAUGGCUGGCCAGCCGGGGAAACCGCGGGGUUUUCCUAUCAUAAUGGUUUUGCAAACCUCGGUAUGAGGAAGGUUCCCUUUCUCCAACCCCCUCUCGGCUGCCAAGGAGGUAUUAUUAUUACGUCGACGGGGGGAUACGAAUAACUUAUAAUAAUACUCGCACAAGUACCGUAGCAUUAUCAUCCCAGCAGUUGGGACUAACUAACUUAACUCCUCUUCUUCCCUGGCUCUCGCCUCACCCGCCCGUGCUUCACUUUCAUACGGCGGUCUAAAUCAUCCGUGCGUCGACAUCCGCCCACCGGAUCAUAACAAUCACAAUUCAAUUCCCCACAACUAUAUGAAAAACUUAUGUAUCGGUACUUCAGGCAAAAAUCCAACUCGGGCACUUUUCUGAGCUUUCUACGAGUAGAACUUUUAUCGCCUGUUCCCCUCCCUCUCUCUC